AUGCGCCGUAAUCAGCACAAACGCCUGGGAAAGAGGCAAAACCAGUUUAUUCCUACGUGGACUGGACAAGUGGUGGAACCGACGAGUGCUCUGCUGCCCCCCGUCGCCACGACCCCUGAUGCGAAUGCUCAGCCUACAACGUCCCAGGUGUUGCCGGUUCCGAAUCUGCCGACUUCGAAUGUUCAGGUCCCCCCGGUUCUUCCAACCACAACGACUUCGGCCUCGCCUUUGACCUCGAGCACCCAGGUUCAGGUCACACAGACAACUCCGGCAACCACCCAGACCCAGACCCAGCCCCAGGUUCCGGUCCCUACGGUGUCGACGACAACCGAAUCGACAGCUUCGUCUACCAGUCUGUCGACCUCUUCGUCUGCCGUGUCGACCACGAGCACUUUGCUGAGCACUUUGACAACUUCCACUUCUUCCACUUCUGAGCAAGUUCUGGUUCCCACUUCGACGACAGCAGCAGCACCUACCACGAGGGCUGCUGCUACCACUACCACACCACGUGCACUCCCCUCGACUUCUCUCGUUAGCACCACGAGCUCAUUUACCAAUUCGAACGGUGUUGUGGUUCAAACUGUCGUCGUUGUUACUGCCAUUGCAACUCCGACCCCCACCGCCAGCGAUACCCCCAAGGAGAACAGCAAUGCUGGGACGAUCGUUGGGGCCAUUGCCGGAGGAUUCGUUGGCCUGAUCUGCCUUGUUGCUUUUGUCUCUUGGAUCAUUCGUCAACACCAAAAGCGUAGGCAAGGAAAUCACGACGACUUUGACCGCCAGUCGUAUCUGCGCAACAGCCAAAUGAUUCCUGACGAUAUGACUUAUGACCAUCCCGUCAGGGGUACUCAAGCCGCCAUGGCCCUGGCAAGGAACAACACAAACGUUGGUCCCCGCCCACCCACGAUGAUUGAGCGCAAGAAUACCUACUUUGGUCACUCUCAAGCCCCGCCGUCGUUUGCCCCUGGUCAGGUUAUUUCCUUUGAACCUGGUCAAAUUGUCUCUGGCCCUGCUUCCGCUAUCGAUCCUGCCUACCCCAGCCCUGUUGCAUUUUCUGGCUAUACCCCUCCUGACCAGCACCAUGAAACCGAGCUUGUUCGCCGCCCGAGUGGUGCUCAGUUGCUCAACCGUGCCCCCACCACUGGAGGAAUGUACGACAAUGGUCCCUAUUCCCACACGCCCUCUCCAGUAGGCUAUGGUCCCGAGUCGUAUGGCAUGCAUUCGCCCGACAACUAUAGCUACGGACACGACGGAUACACAUACCCUAUGCAUCCUGGCCCCGUUGACCAUCGUGGCAUGAUUCAAAGCGUUACACCGUUCCAGGCUCAACAAUACGCUGAAAUCACUCGUCAACUUGAAGGUGGUUACGAAGACGACUCGUUCCACCCUAUGUCCCCGGUCGGAGGCUCGGCAUCGCCCAUUGGUCAGGCUAUGGGCGGGCUUGACAUUGAUAGCCCGACAACAGGUUCUCCCAGCCCACUUGACGAGACACAUUUGCCGAAUCCCUUUGACGAACCACCUCCUUCGUUCCACCAGCGAAUUGAUUCGACGCCACCCGCACUUCCUCCUAUCGAGAGCCUCAGCCGUACCGGGACCCCGAUUGAUCCGAACCCGCAACACGCUCACUGGAGUUAUGAUGCCAAGUCUGCCCACGAGGGUCACCGUCUUAGUGUAGCCGGCAUGUUGAUGCCUGAACCUCCCACCCCGCCUCCGGCUGCCAUCCUUCGUGACGACCAUUCUGCCCAAGUUGCUCCCUCGGCGCCUGCCCCUGCCUUGGCUCCCGUCGCCGCCGCCGCACCCGCAAACAGAGCUGCUGCUGCACCUGCCAACCGUCCAGUUAGCGUGUUUGAUGCCGAUGAUGCCUAUGGAGGAAUGUGA